AUGAGCCAUCGAGUGUGGCAGGCGCUGAAUCCGCGCGGCAAGGGGAAGGAGGAGCGGUCCCGCUCGGCGGAGAGGGAGCGGCGCCUCGGGGGAGGGCGCGUGGGCGAGUUCCGCCCGCGCGGCGAGCGCCAGGAGCAGGGAGAGUGGAGCGGCGGCGCUUCGCAUUCGGCAGGACGGCAGCAGCCGCGCGGUGAGAGGGGGCGAGAGGCGGAAACAGCGUCGCCGAAGCGGCACGGUCAGCAGCAAGGGGGACGCAGCAGCACCAUGCGCUCGCCAGGCCGGACUAGGCAGAGGGAGCGGAGAGACAGCAGCUGGUCCCGCUCGCCGGACGGACAACACACGCGCAAGGAGAAGUACGCGGGGGAGCGGUCACCGCGGCGUCAGCCGCGCACUUGGAGGGAGCACUUGGACGCCUGGUCACCAUCGCCAGAGAGGCGGCCGCGGCGCGAGAUGAGCAGAUGGGAGGAGCGGGAGGUGCACGGACCGCCGACGGUGCAGUGGGGACGGACAGAGGGGCGAGGAGGAUCGAGGGAGAGGCGGUACGAGGCAGGCGGAAGCCGCCAAGAGAGCAGAACGGGAGGCGAAACUCUGGCGCAAGGGGCAGAGCGGGCGCGGGAAGCUAGAGAGGGCAUGCAGAGGGCACGGGCGAGGGGAACAGAGAGGAGUCGGCAGGAAGGGGCCAGCGAGGCAUGGGGAGAGGGGCGUGGGGGCAGCAACGGCGCCCCGCGGUAG